AUGAAACAACAAAAUGAUACUCAAAUUUUACAGUUUCUCCUCCUGGGACUUUCAGAAAACACAGAACUGCAGCCCCUCAUAUAUUGGCUCUUCUUUUCCAUGUACCUCGUGACUGUUUGGGGGAAUCUUAUCAUCAUCCUGGCCACAGUCUUGGAUUUCCGCCUGCAUACAGCCAUGUACUUCUUCCUGUGCAACCUGUCCUUUGUGGACAUCUGCCUAAUCUCUACUACGAUUCCAAAGAUGCUGGCAAAUGUUCAUUUAAACCACAAGGCCAUAACUUAUGAAGGCUGCAUCAUGCAAAUUUAUUUCUUUACAUUAUUCGUAGGGCUGGAUAACUUCCUCCUAGCUGUAAUGGCUUAUGAUCGCUUUGUGGCCAUCUGCCACCCCCUGCGCUACACAAGCAUUAUGACACCUCAUCUCUGUAUGUCACUGGUUCUGGUGUCUUGGAUCGCAAGUGUCCUGAAUUCCUCAUUACAAAGCUUUCUGGUGCUGCAGCUUUCCUUCUGUACUGAGGUGGAAAUUCCACAUUUUUUCUGUGAACUUAGCAUGUUGGUUCACCUUGCCUGCUCUGACACCUUUUUAAGUGAUAUGGCAAUGAAUGUUUUAGCUGCACUCCUGGGUGGUGGUUGUCUUGUUGGCAUCCUUUAUUCUUAUUCCAAGAUAGUGUCCUCUAUACAGGCAAUCUCCUCAGCAGAGGGGAAAUACAAAGCCUUUUCCACCUGUGUGUCUCACCUUUCUGUUGUCUCCUUAUUUUAUUGUACCCUCUUGGGAGUGUACCUCAGUUCUGCUGUGACCCAAAACUCACACUCCACGGCAGCAACUUCAUUGAUGUACACUGUGGUCACCCCGAUGCUGAACCCUUUCAUCUACAGUCUGAGGAACGACAAUAUCAAGAGGGCUCUGAAGAACUUUGUGAAAAAGAAACUAGAAAAGUGA